GUUGCCUUCCAGGAUGUGGGUAAACCCUUUAAAAAUCUCCCAUUUUUGUGUAACCAACAAAGUUCUGUACCGGGAUGCUGGUUGUCCCAUCUCGAGAUCUUUGUGUGGGGAGAUUUUGGAGGAAGAAGACAUGAGAGAGAUUUUGUGGCGUACAUCCUUGCAAACUCAAAGUGUUUAAAGACAGCAAGUAUCUCUCCGAUAUGUUACUAUAAUCUCGAGGAGAGAGAAAAGAUGGUGGAGGACUAUGUAUAGGGUUUCAGCAUCAUCUCAGCUGAAACUCCAUUUCGUGGAUUAGAUACUACAGAUCUUGGAAGGGCAACAACUUAAAGAAAUAACUGUUUUCUUCUUAUCUGGACCUUUUGGUAUGAACACUCUGGUUAUGUGAAUAAUUAACUUUAGUUCUCUAAAGUGCUAAACUACCUAGCUUCAUAUGUUUUGUUCAUGGUCUUUUGCCAUAUUUUCAUUUUAUAUAUGUGACUAUUAGCAAGCAAAUGUUGUAAACAGAUAUUGCUUGAGACUAAGAAGAAAUUAUUUGUUUGCUUCUUUACCUUACACAUGAUCCUUGCUCUUGUUGUGUCUUUCUUCAACUAUCAUAUUCCAAAUUGCGGAUUUAUUUCUCAAAGAAAAACUGGUGGAUUUAUCAUCAAAAAAAUCGGUUGCUAGAAAACAGAUGGAGAAGUUUUUUUUUUUUUUUUUGAACAACCAAAACAGAUGGAGAAGCUUUAACAUUGUUUGUCAUAACUUGGAAUCAUGCACUUACUCAAAAGAGUGAUUGAUAGUGUUAUUUGUUCUAGUUUGAACCUUUUACAGUAAAAGGAGCAUCAACAUUCAUAUAGUCUCUAACCAAAGUCUAUCAUAAUAUAAUUUUGAUAUAAUGUAAUAUUACAAUUAAAUGUUAAAUAAAGAAAAAAAAACUAAUAACAAGAUGACAAAUUUCAUAUGAGUCCUUCGAGAAUUUUUUUUUUAUAGAAAAUGACCUAUCUCAUUUCUCAUCAUUUUUUCAUGUUUUGUAUGUAUUUCAUUAAUUUAUCGAUUAUGAAUGGAUAUGCCCUGACUGUUCUUUAUCUGGUUCUAUUCUAUAUCAACUAUGUUUUGCUAUGUGUGGAUUCUUUCAUGGAUCAGUAAACAACAAAUAUAUCAAGAGAUAAUGAAUAAUCCUAAUUAUUUUCUCCUCUUUUUGUGGAUAAAGAUGUAUUUCUAUUUUGGAUAAUGACGAGUGUAUAGAAGUAAGCAAAACGUAAGUAAAUCUAAAUCUUAUAAGAAAUAUUAUUAUAUGAAUGAAAUUUUUAUAAACUUCUACUUUAUCAAGAUUAGGGUUUUCUUCUUCGUGCAGUUCAUCCUUCCUUCUCAAGAAAACAAAAAAAAAUGUCCUGUGAAGACAGGAUCAGUGCGUUGCAUGACGAUUUGCUGCUGAAGAUAUUGUCUGAAAUCCCAACAAAAGAUGUAGUGACCACCAUGGUUUUGUCCAAACGAUGGAGUUUGGUCUGGACGAUGGUGCCUAAACUCGAGUAUAAGGAUACAAGGAAAGAAGGGGAUAAGAGCGUUUGGUACUUGCUUGACAAGUCUUUGCAACUCCACAAAGCAACUGUACUAGAAAGCUUGCAUAUCCAAGUUGAACGUCAGUUUUGCGACGAUACAGAUGUAGGAAAGUGCGUCUCAUACGCUGUUGACCACAAAGUUCGAGAGCUAGCUCUUAUCUUACCAUCUCAACCAAAGAUCCUACAGCUACCAUCGAACGUUUACACCUCAAAAACGCUAGUGAAACUGACUCUAUCAUGUAGGACUCUCGUAGUGGAUGUUCCUUCCCUACCUUGCCUUCCUUCGCUUCUGACGCUGGUCCUUCUCAAUGUUGUGUAUAAAGAUCAAAACUCUCAUGUUAGGCUUCUAUCAAAUUGCCCUGCACUCAGACAUUUGGAAGUGCAGCGAAACAAGAGUGACAAUGUGACAAGGUUCAUUGUGAAAGUUCCUUCUUUAAAGAGUUUUACAUACAUGCAAAUUGACGAAAGAGCUGCUAGGUCCUUCGUUUUAGACUCCCCUGGAUUACGACUCCUUACUUUAGGUGAUCCGUAUGGAGACUUAGACUCGAUCCAGAAUAUGCCUCACCUUGAAUGGGCUACUGUUUGUCACUUUCUUCCUUACCCGAAUGACAACAAGUUUCUGAGAUCUUUUUCCUCUGUCAGGAUUCUCUGGUUGACUUUAACGGAGGUUGCAUGUUGUAGCGCCAUUCAAUUCCCUCAGCUCAUGAAGUUUACGUUGCAUCUUCAUUGCUUAGAUGACUUAGACUGUUCGUUGGAACCACUUCUGCUUUUCCUUCAUAACUCUCCUGUACUAAAAGUUCUUAUGAUCAACUAUGUAAGUAACUUCCUACAUGUCCCUCAAACAAGUUUCAAUUUUGAUCGACUAUGUAAGUUAAAUUUUCUCCUUGUUGCUUUCUAGGCUGUGGCUAUACGCUUUCAGGAUCUCCCAAUUUCGUGGAACAAACCAAGUUCUGUACCGGUAUGUUUGUUGUCCCAUCUCGAGAUCUUUGUAUGGACCGAGUUUGGAGGAAAAAGACAAGAGAGAGAAUUCGUGGCAUACAUCCUUGCAAAUUCAAAGUGUUUAAAGACGGUGAGAACGUCUCCUAGUUACUAUCUCAAGGAGAAAGAGAAAGAGAAGAAGAUGGAGGAGUUUAAAUCAAUGUAUAGGGUUUCAGCAUCAUCUC